AUAUUUUAAUGCAGAAUUAGUUGAGUACUUGUAUGCUAACACAGUAUCAUAUAAAUUAACAGUUUUACUACCUGAUACUUUUUUUCUUUUUAGGCCCAGAAAGAGCAUUGUGGGAGAAACUGCUCCUGCUGGUGACCCAGAAUUUAUUAAGAGGCAAGAGCAGAAGAAAUCCGAUCUUGAUGAACAGUUGAAAGAAUACAUCACAGAAUGGCGCAAACAGCGAGCCAAAGAAGAAGAAGAACUCAAGAGGUUGAAAGAAAAGCAAGCCAAGCGCAAGGUCAUGCGUGCUGAUGAAGAGAAGCGCUUGGCUGAGAGGAAGAAGCAAGAGGAAGAGAGGAGACAGCGUGAAAUUGAGGAAAAGAAGCAGAGGGACAUUGAGGAAAAGAGACGCCGUCUGGAGGAGGCUGAGAAGAAGAGACAAGCUAUGAUGGCAGCUCUCAAGGACCAGAGCAAGAACAAGGGCCCCAACUUCACGAUUACAAAGAAGGAUGCAACCUUCAACAUGUCAUCUGCACAAUUGGAGAGGAACAAGACCAAGGAACAGUUGGAGGAAGAGAAGAGAAUCUCCCUGAGCAUUCGCAUCAAGCCUCUUGAUAUUGAUGGGCUCAGUUUAGAUAAGCUGCGUACAAAAGCAACAGAACUGUGGGAAACUAUUGUAAAGCUUGAAACAGAGAAAUAUGACCUUGAAGAAAGGCAGAAGAGGCAGGACUAUGACCUGAAAGAACUGAAGGAGAGGCAGAAGCAGCAGCUUAGGCACAAAGCUAUGAAGAAGGGUCUGGAUCCAGAAGCACUGACUGGAAAGUACCCACCUAAAAUCCAGGUUGCUUCAAAGUAUGAGCGCCGUGUUGAUACAAGAUCAUAUGACGACAAGAAGAAGCUCUUUGAAGGGGGUUGGGCCACAUUAAGCUCUGAGGUAAAUGAAAAACUUUGGAAAGAGAAGUACGAAGUGUUUACCAAGAGAAGCAAGACCAAGCUGCCCAAAUGGUUUGGCGAGAGGCCAGGCAAGAAGAAGGGAGACCCAGACAGCCCCGAGGAAGAGGAAGUGAAGCCUGUUGAUGAAGAUGAGGAAAUUGAAGAACCCAAGUUCCAACCUGAGCCUGAAGAGGAGGAGGUUGAAGAAGAGGAGGUUGAAGAAGAGGAAGAAGAGGAGGAAGAAGAGGAAGAGGAAGAGGAAGAAGAGGAAUAGACAGGGUUUGCAGAAGAGCUUGGCCAUUCUCCUCAAAGAAGACCACUUCACAUCUCCAUCUGGGUUAAUCACCUCAAAAUUCCAGGACUGAACAUCAUUCAUUGUAGGGGUGGAGCCAUCAGAAGUUGCAAUAUAAUGAUUUCAGUUAUUGCACACAUAAAAUAAUUGGAUAUCAUUGUACCAUAAAAAUAUUUUAAAUAUACUGGAUAAUGUUGUUUUUAUCGUUCGGUUUAUUUUAAAGUCAAAAUAUUUUUAUACAUUUACAUCUUAUACUGUAAGCCUGUUACACAUUAUAUUCUACACCUGUUACAGUUCUCUGUCAAUUAAAAUGUGUAAGGUUGUUCAGUUUAUGUCAAAACAGAACUCUCAAUGAAGUAUCUUUGACUUGCAACUGACUUGUGUAAUUACCAUUUAUUCUGGUAAAGUCUUCAAGAAAGUCUA